AAUUUUCAACCGCCUAUCGACGCUCCAAGUCAGCUUGUUUUCAAAACAAAUGCCAGUGCAUCUUGUUUACUAUUAUAUACGCUCGCUUUGUGAUCGCGAUUCGCGCACCUAAAGACGCGUUUGCUGGGUUCAAAAAUCGAAUAUUUGUGUGCAUCGUUCGUUAUUUUUUAUAACUGAUUUUGCGGUAUCUAAUACACAGUGUUACCAGUGCAAUAUUACCGCAAUCAUGAGUUGGCCGAUUGUAAAAACUUACAGCAGAGUAAGACCAAAAGUUUUGUACGAGCCAAUUUGCAAAUUGGUUCCAAAUCACUCAGAAAAUGCGGUUAACGUUCGAGAAUCACGUCUCAAUGAUAAAACCCUCGUCGUAGACGAUCUAAACGACACUUUCGAUAAGAUGGCCAGAGAUGUUAAUCCCCAGCCUUCGGUACCUAGCAACAGUGGAGAGGACAGUAAUCUUUCAAAUGCUAAUGAAAGUAGUAUAGAUUUUAAAAAACCAGUACGAAUUCUAAAGGAAAAUAAGAUGCGAAGUACUAAGGUCAAUAAAGAAAAUAAUAAAACAUCUAUUAAAAAAACUGGCAUUAAGAGAAAAAAACGUAAAGUCACAACUGAAAAUAAUGAUGAUGAAAGUGAUGCUCAGAUAAUGAAAAGAGUUUUUAAAAAAAAGAAAGUAUCGCCUAUAAAAAAAUGUUCUAUAGUUUUAGAAAGAUGCAAUGCUGAUGCUAGUCCUGUUGAACAAGAAUAUGUUUCAUCUACUAUCCUAGCAACUAGAGAUCUCAAUAAACCCAAGAAUAUAUCCCAUUUAUCACAACAGUUGAUAAAAUCAAACUCUCUUCCUACCAGUACACCCAGAGAUAAUAGAAUUAAAAUGAUUGUAGAUGUACAAAAUUUAUCGCCCAUAGCUUUGAAUGAAAAUAAUGCAAUGAUUAAGGCCAGUAAUAUGUCUUUAUCAGCAAAUAUAAAAAAUAAUGAAAAAGCUAGUAAUGAUAAUAUAGACACAUUAAAAACUGGAACCAAAAGUACUGAAUUUGAAUAUUUGAAUGAGGAUAAUGAAAAAAGAGAACAUGUAAAUAGUGAGAGCAAUCAUAAUUCAAGUAUGUCUGAAUUAUUAAAUUCUCAUAAAGAACCAAAUAUUAUAACUGAAACUGAAGUCAAUCAGAAUAAUUCAGAUUUACCUUCAGAAAGAAUUCAACAAUUACAAAAUGGAAAUGAAUCAUCUAUACUACUUGAUAAUACUAUAGAGAAUGAAAAAUCAGCAAAAAUAAAGUCAAAUAGAGAAAUUAAAUUAUUUACAGAUUCAAAAGAACCAGAAAAUUCAUAUAUUCAAGAAAAAGCAUUGAGUAAAAAAAAUUCAAAAUUAAAUUCCGAUGACACAUCUUUAUUUCAUCCACAUGACUGGACUAAUGAUAACGAUUUUUCUUAUGAAUUUCCUGAAAACUCAAAUACAGAACAAGUAUCUUCUCACAGAACUAACAAUCAAAAUUCUGAAGAAAUAUUUUCUAGUGAUUCUAUUAUGACAAAAAACUAUAAAAAUUCAACUUUUACUAAUUCAUCAAUUUCUAAAUUUUCUAGUACUAGAAAUGACUUGGAAUCUGACAGAGUUAAAAACAUUCUUUCCUCAGAUGUUAACUUAAUAAAUAAUGAGAAAACAAGCAAAAGCUUUUUUAUCAAUGAUUAUAGUGCUCAAGAAAAUACCAUUGUUGGUCUUUCUCACAAUGUUAAAAACCCUGAUGACAAAAGUAAUGAUAAACUUUCACAAAAUACUGAUAAUAAAGGUGGAAAAACAAUACGUGAUGAAAUUCAUGAUAUUGGUGAUAGUCUAGUUCAUCCUAACUCUAGCGAAAAUCAACAAAGUUUGAAUCACGGUGAAUUACAUUCAACAAUUGAAUCAAAAAUCCCUGUGAAAGUAAACUUGUAUGAAAAUAAUCAAAUGCAUAUCAGUGAGAAUAGUCUUGAUGUUGAAAAUAUGCAUAGCAAUGUUGAUGAAGAUGACACUGAUGUUAACACAGAUGAGGGUAGUCUGCAAAAUUUAUCUAAUCUUCAAAAUAAAAGUAUUUUACAAUCUAUUCCAAUUAUUAAUGGUCAGGAAACUAUGGGAAGUGAUAUUCAUUCUAUCAUUGAUAGAAUUUCACCUGGAAAAUCAGGCAGAACUUUAAAACGUAUGAGAAGCAUGAAUAGUGAAGAAGAAUCAAAUGAAGAAAUUAAUGCCAUACAAGAAUUUGCUAAUCAAAAAGAAAAGGAAAACUCUUUUGAUGUAACUUCUGAAAUAAAAAAUCCAAUGGAACCAAGUAUAAUUAAAAUUGCUAAAAAGUCAAGUAUAAAAGCAAUUGUUUCUCUAAAUGUUGAAACUUCAUCGGAUUCUAAUACUUCUAAAGAUAUAGAAGAUUCAUUAUUACUAACUGUUUCCAAAAAGGGGUCUUCAAUUAGUAAACAAACUGAAAGUAUUGAGCAAACUUUAACUGAGAAAAAUGAUUUACUUAAAAAUUUGAAAGUAAAUGAUUCAAAAAAUCAACUUUCUAAACGCAGUCAAAAUUCAUCUGUUCUUGUAAAAUCAAGAAGAACGUUACCAAAACAUAAUGAUGAUGUAAUCCAAGAAGUCACACUCAAAGAUGAUAGUAUCAAAGUUAUGAUCAAUAAUUCAGAAAUUUCUAAUACUAAAAACAGAAAUAAAGAUUUGAUCGAGAGAAUAAAUAAUGGACCACAAUUGUUGAUAAAACUGAAAAAAUUAGAAGAAAAAGAUAUUUGUGGCUCUGUAUCAAGAACUAGUAGGCAAAAUAUUUCUAAUCAAAUUCAAAGUAAUCCUCCAAAAUUUUUAAAUUUUAUGAAUCAUAGUUCAUUACGCAGCAAUAAAGUUUUUCCAAAUGCUAAAAAUAACAGUAAAAAAGUUGAAGAAAAUGGCAGUCAUCAACAUGUUAAAAAACUACACGCUUUAAAAAAAGCAAAAACAAUUAGCAAACAAAAAAAUAAAUAUCUUGCUGGUAAAAAAUUAAAAUCGAAUAUAAAAAAAAAUGUAAAAAUGAAAAAUUUAAGUACUGUCAUCGAGCAAACUUCAGAGAGUGAUAUGAGUAAAAGCUUCAAUUGUAGAGAUUUACGAAUAUUACUAACAAGGCAUAAUGUAAAUAAAUCCGAAUUAAAAACAAAUGUUCCCAAGAGAGGCUAUAUGCCUUUGGCAGCAUUUUCAAAAAAAAUUCAUGAAGAAGCUAACGAUAAUUUUUGCAAUGAACACAAGAGUGUAGAUAAUGUUAUUUGUUUAGAAGAACAAGGUUUUUCUGAAAAAGAGGUUGCAAAAAAGAAAGAUUCAGAUCUUGAAAGAAUUAUUGACAAUGUUACAAGUGAUGAAACAAAUUGUCCUAUUUUUUUAAAACCAGGUAAAUCAUGGGCAAGGUCUUUGUCCAUAAUAAAUAACUUUAGCAAUAGUCAAAAUUUGGAUGAAUUAGCAGUUGGACGAGGCAAAAACUGGACACACAGUGUUAAGGAAAUUUUGGAUAUGCAACAAGAAGCUCGCAAUCAAACUUAUCAAGAAAAUAAAGAUGUCAGUAUUAAUACAUCAACAAGAUCAGAAAUUAUUUCAUCGCUUGGAUCUUCAUUGAUUGUUCCUCAUGUUAGACCAAGUUUUCGACGUUUAACUAUGCGAUUUAUUCCUGACCAGACACGAUCGACGUUGAGCGAUGAUUUAGCCAGUACAUCGACUAACAAUUACGUGACAGAUGGAAGGCGAAAUACUAGAAAAACAUCUUUAAAAAUAAAAAGAAGCACUAUCAUAGAAUCUGAAGAAGAUUUAAUAAAAUCAGCCAAAGAAAUUAUUCUUAAACGAUGCAAACAAGUUGACUACGUACCUUUCAGCGAUCGCUUUCCUGACACAUAUAUAGAACAAUGCCGGAAAAUUGGUGAAGGAGUUUACGGUGAAGUAUUCAUGCAUGAUAAUGGCGCCGAAAAAUCGGUAAUUAAAAUAAUACCGAUAGAAGGAGAUGAAUUAGUUAAUUGUGAGCCACAGAAAAAGUUUCAUGAAAUUCUGUCUGAAAUAAUUAUUUCUGAAGAAUUGCAUAAACUGAGGAAUACCUCAGAUAAUCAAACAAAUGGUUUUGUCGGAGUAAACAAAAUUAUGUGCGUUGUUGGGAAGUAUCCCAACAAAUUAGUCGAACUCUGGAAUGCUUACGAUGAACAAAAAAAUUCAGAAAAUGAUUGCCCUACAAUGUUUAAAGAAAAUCAAUUGUAUAUAAUCUUAGAAUUAGAACACGGUGGUCAGGAUCUUGAAGCAUACAUUUUCGCAAAUGCCGCAGAAUCUUAUUCCAUCUUUCUUCAAACAGCAUUAAGUUUGGCCGUUGCGGAAAAAUCCCUUGAAUUUGAACACAGAGAUUUACAUUGGGGUAAUAUAAUGGUGUCAAAGUCUGAAGAUACCACUGCAUCGUUUAAACUUGAUAAUGUUGACAUGACUUUGAAUUCAAAAGGUGUAAAGGUCUCAGUAAUUGAUUUUACACUAUCACGAAUGUCGUACAAAGGUUGUAAGAUUUUCAAUGACUUAGCCAGCGAUCCUUCUUUAUUCACGGCUCAAGGAGAAUAUCAAUUUGAAAUUUAUCGAUUAAUGAAAGAUUGCGUUCAAAAUGAUUGGCAACAGUUUAAUCCGUAUACAAAUAUUUUGUGGCUUGAUUACACUCUAGAUAAGAUGAUAAAUGGAGUCAGAUACAGAAAGAAAACAACCAAAAUUCAUAAAACUCACAUCGACUUGAUGAAAAAAUUAAGAAAAGAAUUAAAAGACUACGACAGUGCCUUUGAUUUAAUAUGUAAUUGUGAAAUGGUCAAGACUGCAGUUAAGUUAGAUUCAAGUUAAGCGUUGAGAAAUUUAGAACUUUUUUAAGUUUAGUUGUUUUUAGAAUUUUUUAAAGUCGCAAUUAUUGUUAAUUGACAGUAGUUUUAAUUACCUAAUGGCUUAAAGCACACGCAACACUCACCGGCUUGUCAGGAUAAAAAAAUUAUUCAUCUUAGGAAUGCUUUUAUAAUACAAUGAAUAAAGGUCUUACUUGAUCAUGAA